CUCUGUCGCCGUCGCGGGCUAUCCAUCUCCGCUCAGCACGACAGCACCGUCCUCAAUCGGCAACGCAAGCCGAAGCCGAUACGACUCCAGAGUCCAGACCAAGCUCUUGGCCUCCGCUUCUUCCGGCCAUGUCGCGCUUCUUCCACGGCGCCGCCCUCACCGCCGCCGCCGCAGUUGCGGGCCUGUCCUCUGCAUUCUCGCGGAGCCUCACUUCGUCCCUCCCACUUGCGGCUUCUCCCUCUUCUCCGUCGACGCCCAUCGGCCCCGUCGCGGCCUCCGGUCACCUAGCCCUCGUCCGCGCGCACCCAGGUCUUCGCGAGCUCGACGCCAUGCUUACACCGGGCUCCUUCCUCGUUGACGCGACCCAGGCGUUUCUCGCGGUCGCACUGGGCUGUCUGCCUACCAUCCCCGAAACGUUGCGCAAGAGCCGGGACUUCCACACCGCACUUAGCUCGCGUGAAGGCCGCCUCGAAGACGCAAAAAUGGAGGGGCAGGCUGCCGUGGCCCGGACCAUCAUAGCACUCGUCGAUGCGCGUGAAGGCCGCCUCGAAGACGCGCGCGACGCCUUCGUGCGCCUGGCCGCGGAGCGCCCAUUCGAAAGCACCUUGCGCCUCUUCGCCGCCGCGCUCUGCCACGUGCUGGGCCACCACGAGGAGGGGGGCCAGUGGCUUCACGAUUCCGCCGUGCCCGACCUCUCCCGCCUCGACCACAAGAAUCAGUUCGCGCAGGCCGUCCUUGCCGCCACGAUCGGUUCCGCGCCGCGCGCCGUGGUGGGCUCGGAGGAGCUGGUCUUGGUCAGCGCGCUUGGCCUGCUCGAGAGGUCGAUGUGGUCCAUUUUCACGCACGGUGAUCUGCCGGCGAGGCUUCAUGUGUUGGCGUUCAUGGCAUUCCUGCGGGCCGUUGUGGCGAGGAAGUUACACAGAGAUGAUGCCACCCCAAACUAACUAGGUGAAUUGUCUUCAGAACUCCAUUCAGGUUCAGGUAAACGUGUCUGAAAAUUCCUUGGCUAAGGCGGAGUACUAAAGUGAAGUGGUGAUCAUUUUUCAUUAGCUGUUAUGGAAGUUUUGUGCAGAGAUCCUCAACUAAUUGCAUGUUGUCCAAAUUUGACUUUUAUCUUGGCGCUGCCAUUAUACAGAGGUAAUGGUUUGGCAGCCAAGGUGUGAAUAGCAAUGCUAAAGCUGUAUGAAAUGAACUGUUAGAACA